AUGAGUGAACCUGAAGUGGGUGGCGCAUAUGGCAGAGACUUCCCCCUUGGCAGCCUCAUGCACCAGAAGAUCGGACAAGACAUCGAGUGGGGUUUCUUCAGAUAUCUCUUCACUGGCAUCCUCUGGGAGAAGCCCGACAACGGCUAUGGCGAGCGCCAGGGCCUUAUGAAAGCGCGCGACAUCCUCCUCGGGAAAAAUGUCUUUAUCAACAUUAGACUCCUAUGCAGCAAGAACUCUACCGUUGACCCUGAAGAUGAGAAGGCUGUCCUUGAGAGAGAAGCUCUGAUGGACCGUGCCAGCGAUGCUUUCGAUUACGAGGUGAACACCUUCAGAGAGCUGGUUGAUACUGGCCGUACCCCUGUUGUCAUCACCUCUGCAAAGAUCAAACAGGAUAAGUACUGGGAGAACCCCGAGGGAUACCUGCAUCUGUAUGUGAUGGAGGAGUAUCCCCUGAUGGGCCUCGAUGAUGCAUUCGACUUCCUGACCGAGGCCGAAAUCCCUGGUCUUGAGAAUGAGCUCUAUUCAUUGAUUGGACUUGCGUACUACGCAGUGGAUUAUGAAUACAAGUAUGAUGCGGUGCGCAGGACUUUACAUGCCGUCGACAUUCAGAACUUCCAUACAAUCCAGAACUUCGAAGACCUCAAGGCGGCGGAAAGUUUCUUCGGAGGAAUUGUUCGGCACCUUCGUCGUGCGAUUGGAAUCAGAGCAAUUCGUGCCCAGGAGGCCCGCACUCGGAUGAUCGCUUCCAACAGCAUGUUCGAAGGCACCGUGGAGCACUGGGAGGACAUCCGAGACGAAUACCCUAUCCCUAUGGCUGGAUUCAACACUGGCCAGCAGCCUAUCUACCCCCAGCCUUGA